UCAAGUGCUCCCUUGUCAAAGCAUCAGUUCAACUGCAGCAGUUUAUUCAAACACCUCUCAAAGUUUGAAAACACCUAAAUCAACAUGGUUAAACAACUUUUCAUCAUCGCCGCCAUCUUGGCAGUAACCUUAGGUUACCCAACUAAUAUCCAAUCAGAAGAUCUGGCCAUUGUAUUGGAUUCCGCUAGUGGACAACAGUAUUACCUGGUACCAAUUGAAGAACCACAACAAGAAUCAAUUCUGGUCCGCAGCCGAAGACAAACAACGUCUGGUGGAAUCGACAACAAAGGUUUUGACAUUUCUCAUACUGGUAAAAUUUUCGAGAACAAUGCCCAUCGUGUGGACGGUACUGGUACUCUUAGCAAGCAAUUUGGCGGACCUUUCUCAACCGGUGGGUCUGUGGACUAUUUGCACAAACGAACCAACAGUGGUGCGUCCGUUUCUGCAACUCACACACCAGGAUGGGGUACUGAUGUUGGAGCUCAAGCCAAAUACAACUUUUUCAACUCUCGUGAUGGUCGCACUACUGGAUCCGUUUCCGGAAACUACGAUCGUCAUUUUGGUGGACCUUUGGGAACCGGCAGGCCCAACUACGGAGCUUUCUUGAACUUCAACCAUCGAUUCUAGAUUAUUAAACUACUUUUUUGAACAUUGUCAAAUUGCUAAAGCUUUAAUUAGUUUAUAUUCUGUUUCUAAUAUGCCAUCGUAUUUAUUAUAAAUUUAUGUAGCCAUAUUUUGUCUUAAAAAUUUCCUAUUAAAUAUAUAAUUGAUGAUAAACUAAAA